AUGUUUGCUCAGAGCCCUACAAGAGCCCCUCCGCCCACACCAUACCUUACUGUUCUAAAUACAUUUCUCAAGCCAAAGUUGCUAACGAGGUUGGAGAAACGUAUGAAGGAGAGGACCGUGGUGGCGCUGAAGGAGCUGAGCCAGCAAAUCCAAGAAACUAAAUGCCGGCGGGAAAGGCUGCUGGAGGACAGCAGGCAGCUACUAGAGGAAAAAUAUCGCGUGCAGGCUGAAAACCAGCUUUUGGUGGAAUACCUGCGUAAAAAUAGUAAGCAGUGUAAAAGGAAACAGGGGGCACUAUGGACGCAGCAUGUGCAAGAAUGUGAUGAGAUAGACCGAAGGAGACAAGACUUAGCGUCCAGAUACACCCAGAGGAAAACGGCCCUUCACACCCAGCUCCUACGGGGCAGAAAGACCCAGAAGGAUCUGGAGCAGCAGCGGCAAGCACUGAAGCCCGUUUACGUAGUCAAGGAGAGACAGGACAUGAAAAUGCAGGCCUUGGAGGAGGAGAUAGAAAAAAUCCGCGGGGAGACCGCGGCCAAGGACCAGGAGGCACACUUCCAGUUCCUGUGGGAAAGGGCACUGAUGGAGAAAGAGCUGGAAGAGCUGCACUUGAUGGAGCUGGGACAGGUCAGCACCAAGGGGCCGAUGAGGAAGUACAAGGCCCUGGCUCUAGCAGCCAGCCAGGCUCAUUCUGAGUUCUGUGGCAGCCUCCACAGUGAGAACCAGCAGCUACGCAAGGAGCUUCAGCAACUCAGUCAGGAGUACCGCAAGGUGGAAGCUGUGAGGGCCCAGCUGGAAAAGCAGCAGCAGCUGGUGAAAGAGGAACAGUGGUAUGUACAAGCCUUGGUCAGAGGGCGACAGCGGCUGCAGGCAGAGCGCCAGCGCCAUCUUGGUUAUAACCCAUGCCUCAAGGAACAGAGUGCCUCAAAGACCAUGCUGCGUACCAAAUCAACAACACAUUCAAAGUAAUGGUUACCAUAACUGAUUAAAGAAUUGGAGCCCAGGGGAUAAUCUACAAUCCAAGAAGAAUC